GGAGUUGCAAGUUCGGGUGGAAUGUUUCCACAGUCGAGAGCGCGAUAUGAACUGGGGACGACAAAGAUUAGUCCAAAAAGCUACAGAGUUCCAGCCAUUUUUAAAUGCGAUUCUUCUUUAUAUAAAGAACAUGCUCCUUGGCUACUGCGAUAAAUCCAUUACGAUUCUUUAUAUUUGAUUCAGUUUUCGCCAUUUUCGUAACACCCACGUGCUUUUCUCAAAUUACUCUGUUCUUCUGCUGCUCUUACUGAAACCGCCAUUCCUUGUUGUUCACGUUCUUCUCAAUGCUUGGCGAUCUUUAGACUCUGUUUUCAUGGAUUUUGCUUCUGUAAUCGUAAAUGCUGUGUUUAUUUUUGCAUUUUCGAUAUGGGUUUUGGUUCAUUUUCGAUGUGGAAACCCUCGAUUAAGAAACGCAGCGGCUCGAGGAUCUAAAUGGCUGAUCAGAAUCACAAUCUUUUCUAAUGCUGUUCUUCCGUUCUUGUAUUGUGGUUUUGCUGUUUAUGAAUAUUUGAAUAGCAAAUUUGUUUGUUGGGAAUUGGCCAUUUCUGCUUUAACUUGGAGUUUGGCUGCUGCUAUUGCUAUCUACUGGAGAAAUGGUGUGUAUCAUCAAGGCAAACCGUGGCCUAUGAUUCUAAUUGUUUGGUGGGUUUUCUCUUGUUUCUAUGGUUUAGGUUGUUUGAUUCUUGUCCUGCUUACCCAUUUGAAAUCCAUGGAAAUCCCCCAUUUUCUUCCAAAACCCACCAUUGUAGACUGGUCUUCCUUCACUUUGUGUUUGAUAAUCUGUUGUACUGCCCUGACUGUUAGCUAUUCCAAGAACCAUAAUGAUCUUGAGAAGCUAUUGCUUCAAACAGAGAAUGUUUGUUCUUCUGAAGAUCAUGGUGGUUUUGUGAGUCCUGGAUUGUGGAGUCAAAUUACAUUCCAAUGGAUGAACCCUCUGUUCAAAAAGGGAAGGAUUCAAAAACUUGAAUUAGCUCAUGUUCCUUGUGUUCCUCAAUCUGAAACAGCCGAGUAUGCUUCCAUGUUGCUCGAAGAAUCGAUUGAGAGAACGAAAAUCGAAUCGUCUUCCUUGCCUAAAGCUAUUGUUCUAGCUACAUGGAAGCCCCUGGUCUUAACAGCAAUCUUUGCAGGUGUCAACACAUUAGCGUCGUUUAUGGGGCCUGUUCUAAUCACCAAUUUUGUGAACUAUCUAUUGCAAAAGGACGACGACUUGAGCAACCGUGACGGGUUGAUUCUUGCGUUCUUCUUCUUUUUCGCCAAGACAUUGGAGUCUCUUACUCAAAGACAAUGCUAUUUCGGCACUCACCGUCUUGGUAUACAGAUAAGAGCAGCUCUUACAGUGAUGAUUUACAAGAAAUGUGUUUCUAUAAAUGCUGCUGGUCCAAGUAAUGGUAAAAUAACAAAUUUGAUUAACGUAGAUGUUGAAAGAAUUGGGGACUUCUCUUGGUAUAUUCACAAGAUUUGGUUGCUUCCUGUUCAAGUAGUUCUAGCUCUUGUUAUCCUUUAUAUGAAUCUUGGACUUGCUCCUUCAAUUACUGCUCUCUUAGCCAUAGUAUUCAUAAUGGUGGGCAAUACGCCCUUGGCGAAUAUUCAAGAAAGUCUACACUCGAAGAUAAUGGAUGCGAAAGAUUCCCGGAUCAAAUUGACCUCAGAGACUCUAAGAAACAUGAGAGUCUUGAAACUGCAUUCUUGGGAACAGACGUUUUUGAAGAAGAUCUUGAAACUUAGAGACGUUGAGAGAGGCUGGUUGAAGAGAUACCUCUAUACAUGCUCGGUUAUAGCAGUUCUCUUUUGGGUGUCACCAACUUUAGUUUCAGUAGUUACUUUUGGUACUUGUGUUUUGAUGAAUGUCUCUCUAACAGCAGGCACAGUGUUAUCAGCCAUAGCUACUUUUCGGAUCUUACAAGAACCGAUUUAUAAUCUACCUGAGCUAGUUUCCAUGAUUGCUCAAACGAAAGUUUCCCUCGACCGUAUCCACGAGUUCAUUCGAGAAGAAGAUCAAAGGAAACAGAUUUAUUAUCCUCCAUCUAGUUCAUCAGACAUCAUGGUUGAAAUAGAGGUGGGAGAGUAUUCAUGGGAUGCCAGUGAUCGUCUAAACGUUAAACCGACGAUAAACAUUGCUGAGAAGUUGCAAAUACCAAAGGGUUACAAGGUUGCAGUUUGUGGAUCGGUCGGUUCAGGAAAAUCGAGCUUACUUUGUAGCAUACUAGGCGAGAUUCCACAGAUUUCAGGAACACAAAUGAAGGUACAUGGAACUAAAGCUUAUGUUCCUCAAAGUGCUUGGAUUCAAUCAGGCACGGUUCGAGAGAACGUGCUCUUUGGGAAGGAAAUUGAUGAACGUUUUUAUGGGGAUGUGUUAGAAGGCUGUGCUUUGGACCAGGAUAUCAAGCUGUGGCUGGAUGGAGAUUGUACUUUAUUGGGAGAGAGGGGGCUGAACUUAAGUGGAGGCCAAAAGCAGAGAGUUCAAUUGGCAAGGGCUGUCUAUAGUGAUGCUGAUGUUUACUUCCUGGACGAUCCGUUUAGCGCCGUGGACGCUUGUACUGGAACACAUUUGUUCAAGAGAUGUCUUUUGCAACUUUUGUCUGAUAAGACGGUCUUAUAUGCUACUCAUCAUUUGGAAUUCAUAGAAGCCGCCGACCUCGUUCUGGUGAUGAAGAAUGGUCAUGUUGUUCAAUCAGGAAAGUACGCAGAAUUGAUAUCAGACUCAAAUGGUGAGCUUGCUAGGCACAUUGCAGCACACAGAAAGUCAUUGAAUGGAGUUAAACCAUUCAAAGAGGAUAAACCUCAUCUUAAACCAUGUCAGAUGGAAGCUCAAGAUGAAAAUUCUUCCCUGACCCUUGGAAAUGGAGACCUUAUGAGGACUCAAGAAGAGGAAUCUCAAACAGGUCGUGUAAAGUGGAGCGUAUACUCGACCUUCAUUACGUCGGCUUAUAAAGGAACUCUUGUUCCUGUUGUCCUUCUAUGUCAAGUUUUCUUUCAAAUCCUUCAGAUGGGUAGCAAUUACUGGAUUUCUUGGGCAACAGAAGAAGAAGGCAAGGUCAGCAGAGAGCAACUGAUAGGGAUCUUCAUUUUGAUGUCGGGCGUGAGCUCCGUCUUUAUAUUAGGCCGGGCCGUUGUGAUGGCAACCAUUGCUAUUGAGACUGCACAACGGAUGUUUCUUGGAAUGGUGACAUCAAUUUUUGCUGCACCUAUUUCUUUCUUUGAUGUCAAACCUUCAAGCCAAAUCCUUAACAGAUCAUCUAAUGAUCAAAGCACUUUGGAUACAGAUAUCCCUUAUAGAUUAGGAGGAUUGGCCUUUGCACUAAUUCAGCUGUUGAGUAUCAUUAUCCUGAUGUCCAAGGUUGCAUGGCAUGUUUUCCCCCUCUUCCUUGUCGUCCUCGCUAUUUCUAUAUGGUAUCAGGGAUACUACAUCAGUACUGCUAGAGAAUUAGCUAGAAUGGUUGGGAUUCGAAAAGCUCCAAUUCUUCAUCACUUUUCUGAAACAGUUGUAGGUGCAACUAUCAUUCGUUGUUUCAAUCAAGAAGAUCGUUUCUUAACGAAAAUACUCGAACUAGUUGAUGAUUAUUCUCGUAUCGUUUUCCACAACUCAACUUCAAUGGAAUGGUUAUGCCUCCGAAUCAAUUUUCUUUUCGACACAGUCUUCGUUCUUGUCCUUGUCAUCUUAGUAACCCUUCCUAGAUCAGCUAUCAACCCAAGUUUAGCAGGAUUAGCAGCCACAUACGGUUUAAACUUAAACGUUCUUCAAUCUUGGGUCAUAUGGAAUCUAUGCAAUGUUGAGAACAAAAUGAUAUCUGUUGAGAGAGUUCUUCAGUUUACUAACAUAGCUUCUGAGGAGCCACCGGUGGUUCAUGAUUGUAGGCCAAUGCCAGAAUGGCCAAAGGAGGGGAACAUAGAACUUGAGGACCUUCAUGUUCAAUACCGUCCUAAUCUUCCAAUGGUUUUGAAAGGAAUCACUUGUACCUUCCCUAAAAGGAAGAAGAUUGGUGUUGUUGGCAGGACAGGAAGUGGCAAGUCCACGUUAAUCCAAGCACUUUUUAGGAUGGUUGAGCCCUUUGCAGGAAGGAUACUCAUUGAUGGAGUUGAUAUCGCUAAAAUGGGUCUUCAUGAUCUGAGGUCUAGGCUGGGUAUCAUUCCACAAGACCCAACAUUGUUCAAAGGAACCAUGAGAACAAAUCUUGACCCUUUGCAGCAACAUACUGAUCAAGAAAUAUGGGAGGUCCUUCGGAAGUGUCGGUUCGCCGAGAUCUUCAAAACGGAUCAAACAGUUCUUGAAGCACCAGUUGCUGAAGGUGGAGAGAAUUGGAGUGUUGGACAGCGGCAGCUUGUUUGCUUAGCUAGAGUGCUUCUUAAGAAGCGUAGGAUUCUUGUUUUGGAUGAGGCAACAGCUUCCAUUGAUACUGCAACAGAGAAUAUAAUCCAAGAAACGAUACGAGACGAGACGAAAGGAUGUACUGUUAUCACCGUAGCUCAUCGUAUACCGACUGUUAUCGACAAUGAUUUGGUUUUGGUUCUUGAUGAAGGGAAGGUCAUUGAAUACGACAAGCCAUCUCGACUACUCGAGAACAGUUCUUCUUCGUUUUCAAAGUUGGUGGCGGAAUUCUUGAGAAGAUCAUCAUCCAAUAGUCACUCUCAAACAGUGGAGGGUAGCUGAAGUUCAUGAGUUUAAUAUCAUCCAGUAAGAACUGGUACCAACUGCAUAGGAUGAAGAUCCUAUGAGCAAUACCAAAAUCCUAGCAAAUACCACUCACAAGCUUCUAACAAUAGUUGAUGAGACAGAUUAGGUGUUAACCAUAGUCUUAUUUUUCUUAUUUUUAUUUUUUUAAUGUAAUUGGAAUUGUGCUUCGUUACAUAGUAAAAGUUUCGUGCCACACAUCAAUUAAUGAU